CCGAAAAAUGUUCCUCACCGCUGUCCGCCGAUCGAGCAAUGUCCUCAAGACCUUCAAGCCACUCUAUGAUCGUGUGCUCGUCGAGAGAGUCGCCGCCGAGACCAAGACAAAGGGAGGAAUCAUGCUCCCGGAGAAGUCACAGGGAAAAGUCCUUGAAGCCACCGUCGUCUCUGCCGGAGCCGGACUUCGCAACGAGAAGGGAGAGCUCGUCGCAUUGACUGUGAAGCCAGGAGAUCGUGUCCUUCUCCCAGAAUACGGAGGCACCAAGGUCGUCGUCGAGGACAAGGAAUACUCAAUCUUCCGCGAGUCUGAUCUUCUCGGAGUCUUCCAUUAAAUUAUCUUCCAUAUGGCUUUCGGUCUCACAAAUCUUCAUUCAAUUAUUCCCCUCUCUCUCUCUCUCUGUUUAUUUAAUUUUUUAAUUUCAAUUUUUUGAGUUUAGAUUUUAGGAAAUUCCUCUUUUUUGUUGAAAAAAUCGAUUGUUAUAGUUCCUUUUUUCCUUGAUUUUUCGCCGGUAUUGUUUUUCUUUUUUUUCGAUUUUAAAUAAUGAUUUUUCAGAUU